AUGCGGCUUUUUCUUGGGAUUCUGGCUGGCUUCACAUGUUUUUCCGUGCUUGCCUCUGCCACAGACUACCAUGAACAGCUUUUGCUUCAACCGCUACCUCUAUCGGCGCUCUUAGCGAGCUUUAACUUCCGGUCCAAUAUAUCUGUCUCCGAAUUCGAAGCACACAACUUUCAAUUUUUUCCUCGCUCCCUGGGCCAGAUUCUCCAGUUCGCGGGCACAAGGGAACUCCACCUGCGCUUCAGCCUCGGGCGCUGGGAUGCCGAAAAUUGGGGCGCCCGGCCGUGGGCCGGAACCAGAGAAGGAGGCACGGGGGUCGAGCUCUGGGCUUGGCUUGAUGCCGAGACGGACGAGCAAGCGGAUACAAAGUGGCUUACGCUGACAAACGCUCUUUCCGGCCUCUUCUGCGCCUCGCUCAACUUUAUCGACGGAACUCGGACGACGCGACCGGUCAUGUCCUUUCGGCCAGAGGGUGACCAUCCGGACGGAACGAUUUCGAACAUGCAGCUACUAUAUGGUACGCUGCCGCGAGAGGUUGUCUGCACAGAGAAUCUCACACCGUUUUUGAAGCUGCUGCCUUGCAAAGGAAAAGCUGGGAUUGCAUCGCUGCUGGACGGGCACAAGCUGUUCGAUGCAUCGUGGCAAAGCAUGGCCAUAGAUGUUCGGCCGAUAUGCCUAGAGUCCGAAGGGGGCAACUGCGUGCUGCAGAUUGAGCAGACCAUUGACAUGGUGUUGGACAUCGAACGGUCGAAGCGACCCCGAGACAAUCCGAUUCCUAGGCCAGUGCCGGCAAACGAGCUGAAGUGCGACGCCUCCAAGCCAUACCACCGGGAUGGUACCUGCUUCCCCACCAGCUUCGACGCCAACCAAGGCUGGUCGCUCUCACAGAUCUUUGGCAAGUCGAUGAAGGGCACCUGUCCCCUAGCCGAUAUCGACACGCCGCCCGUCUGCAUUGCCGUUCCCGGUUCCAGGAGUGUGUUCUUGUCUGAAGGCGUAUCAGAGAGCAGGAACGCCGACAGCCAAUUACGAUGCUACCACAUCAAACCGGCGACUGAAUUCGAAAUUGCGCUUCCCGACGACGAAGAUAAAAUCCGACAGGGCAUAGACAUCAUCCUGACGCCAGAGACGCCACUGCUAUAUGCCGAGCGCAGCUUGACCGGACACGGGGCCGACAGAGGCGGGGUACAAACCAUUUUAACCAACCCGAGCACAAAUGCAGAGGUCGACUUUGUGUACAUGGAGUCGCUCCCGUGGUUCAUGCGCAUUUACCUGCACACCCUGGAGGCGCGUAUUGACGGAAGCCCUCCUGGUAGCAAGGACGAAAUCAUCCAGGAGAUAUUUUACCGUCCAGCCCUGGACCGGGCUCGUGGCACCCAGCUUGAGGUGAAGAUGCGGGUUCCCCCCAACGCAACGGUUUUCUUGACGUAUGACUUUGAAAAGUCCAUCCUGCGGUAUACGGAAUACCCGCCUGACGCUAAUCGCGGGUUUGACGUGGCUGCUGCGGCCAUAACGAUUUUGCAGCCACGGCCUAGCGGGACAGCCAGCAGGUUCGCGACGUCGAACCUCCGGACAACCACGAUGCUGCUGAGCCUGCCAACUCCCGACUUCAGCAUGCCGUACAACGUUAUUAUCUUUACGUCGACGGCCAUUGCUCUGGCCUUUGGUGGCAUGUUCAACAUUCUCGUCCGUAGGUUUGUCGCAGCUGACGAAGGUCCAAACGUCAGCCUGCAAUCGCUACUCGCCAAGCUCGUAGGUCAGUUCAAGAAAGCGAUAAUGCCGAAGAGGACAGCUCCAGGGGCGGACAAGCCGGCCUCGGCAGCCCUGGCAGCUACGGCUACGGAGUAUGGCGGACAAACAUGA